UUUCAGUGAACCACAAACUUUUUCUAGACUUCGUGAUAACAUUUUUGAAGAAUUAUGCCCACAUACAAUUGCAAAGAGAUGGUAUAUUAAAGGAGUGAAAUCAAUAACAACAUCGGCAAUGUAUGAAGAAGUGAACGGAUUGAAAUACAAUUCCGCCAGAUUUUUCGUAAAAUUAUAA